AUGCCCAUGCGCUUGUUGGCAUCCCGUUCCCCAUUUAAACUCCGAGCCGUGCCACCCAACCUUUGAAUCUCUGGACAACUCCAUGAAGCUUUCCAUCGUUCCUCUUCUGGACCUGCCGAUCGCUUCCCGUCAGAACGCAAUAGCUUCCAGCUCCGAAGAGCUUCGAUCUUCGAGAACCAUUCUUUCCAACCAUUUUCUGACCCCAGUCUUGCCUUUGCUAAGCAAUACACGAUGAAGGCUGAUAUCUGGAAGCCAUUAGCCACCCUCCUGCUGCACGUUGUUUUCGGGGCUACCAGCCCAGUGCAGCUUUGCCCCUCCAAUUCCGGAGGUGUGUGUUUUAGCAUCGCCGUUCCGACUUCGUCGGCGAACGCUGGGUCUGGAAACAUCUAUUUCCAGAUCAAGGCGCCAACGUCGUUGCAAUGGGUUGCGUUGGGCACUGGUUCCUCCAUGACGGGGUCCAACAUCUUCGUUAUGUACCAGGAUGGGAAAGGGAAUCUUACUCUGUCUCCCCGUCGGGGCACGGGACAUUCCAUGCCAACCCUAGACACAAGCAGUACCGCCGCUCAACUCACUCUUCUCGCCGGGAGUGGAGUGGAAGGCUCGACCAUGACAGCCAAUAUUGCUUGCUCCAACUGCCAGACCUGGAAUGGCGGAGAAAUGUCGCUCACGAGCACCAGCGCCGCUUGGAUUGGCGGUUGGAGGCAGGGGUCGUCGCUCGCGACGACUGACAGAGGCGCGAGCAUAGUGCAGCACGACAGCCACGUCCAGUUCAACGUGGAUUUGACACAGGCAGCCGUUGCUUCCGACAGCAAUCCGUUCGUCGCCACGAGCGAAGUUGACAACAGCGACGGAUCGGGCUCAGAUGGGAACCCCGCGAGCCCCAGUAACGGAUCGGCUCCGGAUCCGAACCCCGGAAUCGGUGGGGGUGCCGGUUCCGGCGGCAUUACGGUAACGACCGGCAUGAGCAGAGGCACCAUCCUGGUCGCACACGGGGUCAUAAUGGCGCUUGUCUUCGCUGCCUUAUACCCGCUGGGCUCAAUGCUGAUGCCGCUCUUCAGGAAGUGGUGGUUACACGCGGGCAUUCAGACGAUCGCCUUCUGCCUUAUGUGGACAGGCUUCGGCUUGGGCGUCGAGACGGCACGGGAGCGGCGUAUGCUCUUCAACCAGGCACACACCGUCCUCGGCACCGUUAUUGUUGCACUGCUGGGCAUCCAGCCAGCUCUUGGAUAUCUUCACCAUCGGCAUUAUCUGAAGACGCAGGGGCGGGGCGUCAUCAGUUAUGUACACAUCUGGUGGGGCCGUAUCUUGAUCGCGCUGGGUGUUAUCAACGGUGGGAUGGGCCUGCGGUUGGUUGGCGAGCGCGGCGGGCUGGUCAUCGCGUAUGGUGUCAUUGCUGGUGUCUUGUUCCUGGCUUAUGCCGGCGCAAAGAUAUUCCGCUUGUUCCGUCAGGGUGAGCGGCUUGGCCCUAAGCCCGCCGAGAUGAACGGGCGGCCUUCUAGAACGACGCACAUUGGGCGAAGGAGGUCUGUACAUGGCAUGAGGCAACAGCAUCCGGAAAGACGGGCUGGUGUUUGAGGUGCCUUGCAUGCUUUGAGUCUUUGAUAGCGUACAAUACAUGAUCGUUUGAACCGGUUGCAUUAGGUACUUCGUCCAUCAGAGUUUCGCUGCUGGAUAAAAUGAGUCGUCUCUUGAUUAGUCCUGGAUCAAGCCAUAAUGGAUCAGGCAGUUGAGAUUGUUGAGCGCUUCCAUCGCAUAUCUACUCCGUACAUGAAUAUGCCUUGGCUAAAUCCGAGAUUCCGUCAUGAAGAAGCCAUACACCCUUACACGGUCGUUACACUUAAUUACAUAGUGGAAAUUA